UGCGCGGCGACGACAACAAGAGCAGCAGACAGACCAUGAGCGUGCAGUGGCGAGCGUGCGGCGUGCCGCCCCCGGUCGAGCCGCCCCCGGCAGACUCGUCCGACUCGGACGUGAACGUGGACAGUUCUUCGGAGCAGGAGGACGAAGGGUGUUGCCUGCAGGGUGAGGAUGGCCAGGAUGGGAAGCUGCAGCAGGAGAAAGCAGGGGGCAAGAGCGUGAAGCCGCCGUACUCGUACAUCGCCCUGAUCACGAUGGGCAUCCUGCAGAGUCCGCACAAGCGGCUGACCCUGAGCGGCAUCUGCGACUUCAUCAUGGCGCGCUUCCCGUACUACCGCGACAAGUUCCCCGCGUGGCAGAACUCGAUCCGCCACAACCUGAGUCUCAACGACUGCUUCGUCAAGAUCCCCAGGGAGCCCGGCAACCCCGGCAAGGGCAACUACUGGACCCUCGACCCCAACGCCGAGGACAUGUUCGACAACGGCAGCUUCCUGCGCCGCCGCAAGCGCUACAAGCGCCACCCGCCCCCGAUGAGCCACCACCACCACCACCACCUCCAGCCCCCGGUCCACAACUUCUUCCUGCACCACCUGCAGCCCUUCGCCUUCCUGCCCCCGCCGCCCCCGCCGCACCUCUUCGGCCUCCGCCCGCCUCCGCCGCUGCCGCCCCUCAGGCCGGUGCCCACCCUCUACCAGCACAAGGCCGCCGCCGCCCUCAAGUCCGGCUUCACCAUCGACUCGCUCCUCACCACCACCGCCCCCGCCGCCUCCAACCCCUCGAUGCACGCAUCCGCCUUCGCGCCUCUGUCCUUCGGCAGAAUCGGCCCUGGCAACACCACCAUCUAGGAAAGGAAAGGCAGAUUCGUGCAGGAUCAUUUAAUUCCACAGGUGGAGAGAGAGAAAGAAACUUUAAGGGUGCAGUCGCUUCAGCGAGGGCACUUCACGCGGAGCGUUUGUGUGAAAACUCAAAUUUUUUUAAAAACGGACAAAUGGAAGCAGCUAUAACUGUGUCGAGAUCUGUGUAGCAUAAAACGCCAAUUUUAUUCCUUCAACUGUGAUAAUUGUAAAUCGAGAACUAUUUUAUUUGUGCCUCUGUUAAAUAUUGUAUCAUAAAAUAAAGUGAAUCUUGUUUAAA